GCAGACUGCAGCAGACUUUGAAAUAACCCAUGGAUGCCCAUGGAUAAAAUAUUUAUAAAGGUACUUAUCCCCGUCAGACGAAUGGCGAAUUGACCUGCCUGAGAACCUACAAUGACUAAGCAAAUUUCUUCUGAAAGCGUAAAAGGCAAAGGAAAAUCCAAGUUUCGGUGGCUACUACACGCUGGAACCUGAAAAAUUCCGUCGUGAAGUAGGUUUAUGGACGGAAAACGAUCUAUAAAAAUGGAUCCACUGUCACCUGGCCCUUGCCUUGAUAUUAGUGAUGAUGAAUUGGUGUCUAUAUCAGUCAGGGAUCUGAACAGACAACUAAAGCUACGUGGACUGUCACGGGAUGAAAUAGUACGUAUGAAACAACGUAGACGCACUUUAAAAAACAGAGGAUAUGCUGCCAGUUGCCGCAUCAAAAGAAUCGAACAAAAGGAUGAACUGGAAUCAGAAAAAACACAGGAAUACAGGGACAUGGAAGCUAUGCAAGAGGACAAUAAUCGUAUGAGAGAAGAAAUAGAAUCUUGGCAUUCAAAGUAUCUUGCAUUGAAAAAAUUUGCAGCAGAAAAAAAGAUUCAUAUUCCACCUGAAUUAGAGACAAUAUAA